AAUUUGGCAACAAUGUCAAGUCGAUAUAAACAUAACCUAGUCAAUUAUAAUUGAAUCUUUCACGAUUUAUAAAAUAUUUAUUUAUUGUAAUUUAUUGUCUUCAAAAUACAAGGGACAAGAAUACAAUUAGAUUAAUUUCGCAUAAAUGAAAAUUUGAUUAGAAUUAUGACAGUGGAAAAGUGUUAGUUGCUGCAUGUUACCUGCCCUGUAUGUAUGUAUAUACUUCAGUCCUUUAUUAUACACUAUUCUCGGAAAGUUUUGUUUUCUUUCAUAAAUUCUUGACCGUAACAGAAAAGAAAACAUUGUCAUGCCGUUGCAAGUUCAUGAUGUUCAGCAAAAUGUUGUGGAGCCUAUGCAAGUUGAUGCUCCUGCAGAAGAUAAUGAUAAUGCAGAAGAAGAACCAUAUAUUGUGGAAAACCCAACAUUGGAUUUAGAAGUUUAUGCUAAUAGUUAUACUGGUCUUGCUAAACUAUAUAGACUUAUAUAUAUAGCUGAUCACUGUCCAAUGUUAAGGAUAGAAGCAUUAAAAAUGGCUAUAUCUUAUGUGAUGACAACAUAUAAUGUUUCCUUGUAUGUCAUACUACAUAAAAAAUUAGUUCAAGCUGUAGGCACACCUGGAUUACCAGAUGUUGCAGCACAAUCAACAUCUCAAGACAUGUUAACCUUAGAUCAAGCUUGGGUUGAAUUUCGUUCCAAAAAGGCUGCUUUGAAAUUAGAAAAAUUUGAUACUGAUCUUAAAAAUUAUAGAAGUAAUUCAAUUAAAGAAAGUAUUAGAAGAGGUCACGAUGAUUUAGGAGAUCAUUAUUUAGAUUGUGGGGAUCUUGUUCAUGCCUUAAAGUGUUAUUCCAGAGCAAGGGAUUACUGUACUAGUGGGAAGCAUAUUGUUAACAUGUGCUUAAAUGUUAUUAAAGUUUCUGUUUAUUUACAAAAUUGGGCUCAUGUAUUAAGUUAUGUAACAAAGGCAGAAAGUACACCAGACUUCUCUGAUGUUCAUGGCAAAGACAACAAUCAGUCUAUAGUUACAAAAUUAAAAGUUGCAGCUGGUCUAGCGGAACUAGCUACUAGAAAAUAUAAAAUGGCUGCAAGACACUUUUUGCAGGCAUCAUUGGAUCAUUGUGAUUGUCCUGAAUUAUUAUCCCCUGGAAAUGUUGCCUUAUAUGGAGGACUUUGUGCUUUAGCUACAUUUGACAGACAUGAAUUACAAAAACAGGUUAUCUUCAGCAGUUCCUUUAAGUUAUUUCUAGAAUUAGAACCACAGUUAAGAGAUAUAAUUUUUAAAUUUUACGAAUCGAAAUAUGCAUCUUGCUUAAAAUUGUUGGACGAGAUAAAGGAUAACAUACUUCUAGAUAUGUACAUAGCACCACAUGUUAAUGUAUUAUAUACACAAAUUCGGAAUAGAGCAUUGAUACAAUAUUUUAGUCCAUACUUAAGUGCAGAUAUGAGACGUAUGGCAACUGCUUUUAAUAGGACUGUAUCAGAAUUGGAAGAUGAGCUUAUGCAAUUAAUUCUUGAUGGCCAAAUACAAGCUCGUAUAGAUUCACAUAAUAAAAUAUUGUAUGCCAAGGAUGUUGAUCAACGUAGCACAACUUUCGAGAAAUCUAUGAGUGUAGGAAAAGAAUAUCAAAGACGCACACGCAUGUUAAUCUUAAGGGCUGCAAUGUUAAAACAACAGAUUCAAGUUAAAAGUCCACAGCGUGACAGUACUCAAGGGGGAGAGAUGUCGGUUACCUGGAAACAAUAGUUCAGUGAUGACCUGAUGUGGUUAUUAAGAUAUGAAAUAGUACUUUGAUACCAUAUUGGGGCAAUGAAUGUUUAUGAUGCCGAUAUUGAAUUCAAAUCUUCGAUAAAAGUUACAAAAUAUGUAUAUAAUGCAUUAUAUUAUAAGUAAAAGCUAGUAUUUUCAAAAAUGUGUUUAUUAUGAACAAACCUUUGAUAAAAUAUAAUGUAUACUAAAAACUUUAUUAUCAAUAAAUACAUGAAUACCUUUUUUCA